GAUUUGGACCUUCCUUUAAACGCAUCGACUGAUUCGAAUUUCACCACACUCCACGCGUUUUGCAGCUCUUUCGUAAUCGUUUGGCUACUUAAGGGUGCGUUGACACAGUCUGUUCAUUAGAUUUUUUUUAAAUGCUUUUAAACCACGUUUCAACAGUUUUUACCGCAUAUUUGUGGCAACAAACGUCGUUCCAUGAUGUGGUCGCUUUGGAGAUGCUCUUCAAUGACUGGCUCUUCUGCAUUUACUAACGUACGGGUUUUUAAAUGCUUUCGACAGUUUGUCAAAAACUACAAUAUAUCGGCACGUAUGCCAGAAGCAAUUGCAUUUCAAGGUGUCAGUGAUCAUUCGGGACUUCACAAGUUCUCUGUUAACGAAAGUGAAACGUUUUGGGGAGCACUGGCGAGUCAGAGGCUCUCGUGGAUCAGUCCCUUUAACACGGUUCAAAACUGUAACUUCAGUCAAGGCAAAAUAAAAUGGUUUGAAGGAGGGAAGCUAAAUGUGUCCGUUAACUGCUUGGACCGUCACGUGCACACCUGCCCAGAGAGGGUGGCUCUGAUCUGGGAGAGAGAUGAACCUGGUACUGAGGUCAAGUUCACCUACAGAGAGUUGCUGGAGCUGACCUGUCGCCUGGGCAACCUGCUGAAGCGCCUUGGGGUUCGAAGGGGAGACUGUGUGACCCUCUACAUGCCUUCCUGCCCCCUGGCGGUGGCCUCCAUGUUGGCCUGUGCCCGGAUAGGUGCCGUUCACAACGUGGUCUUCGCGGGGUUCAGCGCCGAGGCCCUGGCUGACCGCAUCAGAGACACCCAGUCCAGUACGGUCAUCACGGUCAACCAGGGUGUGAGGGGAGGCAAGGUGAUAGACCUGAAGAGAACCGUUGACCAGGCGGUCCAGAACUGUCCCUCUGUCCAGCAGGUCCUGGUUGCCAUGAGAACAGAGAACUCCGUUGCCAUGACAGACAGAGAUGUUCCUCUGGAGGAGGAGAUGAUGAAGGAGGACGUGGUCUGUGAGCCGGUUACCAUGGACAGCGAGGAUGUGCUGUUUCUACUCUACACAUCUGGAAGCACAGGGAAACCCAAGGGGCUGGUUCACACACAGGCUGGAUACCUGCUGUACGCCGCAGUUACUCACAGGUAUGUGUUCAGCUACCAGGACGGGGACGUGUUUGGGUGUAUGGCGGACAUUGGCUGGAUAACGGGUCAUAGCUACGGCGUCUACGGGCCGUUGUGUAACGGAGGAACCACCGUUCUGUUUGAGAGCACCCCAGUAUAUCCAGAUCCCGGUCGUUACUGGGAGACGGUGCAGAGGCUUGGCAUCAGUCAGUUUUACGGGGCUCCCACCGCCAUCCGACUGCUGUUGAAGUACGGAGACGAGUGGGUUCAGAAAUACGACCGCUCCUGCCUCAAAACCCUGGGCUCUGUGGGCGAGCCCAUCAACAGAGAGGCGUGGGAGUGGUACCACCGGGUGGUGGGCGGCGGCCGCUGCCCUGUGAUUGACACCUGGUGGCAAACAGAGACUGGUGGGAUCUGCAUCGCUCCAAGGCCGUCGGAUCCGGAUGCGGAGAUCAUUCCAGGCAUGGCCAUGCGUCCGUUCUACGGGAUCAAGCCGGCGCUGCUGGACGCUAAGGGUGAAGUCCUGCAUGCCCACGAUUCCACUGGAGCUCUGUGCAUCUCGAUGGCCUGGCCCGGAAUGGCUCGCACCAUUCACAACGACCACCAGAGGUUCAUAGAGACAUACUUCCAACCUUACCCAGGUUACUUUUUCACGGGCGACGGCGCAUACUGCUCGAAGGAAGGCUACUACCAGAUCGUUGGGCGCCUUGAUGACGUCAUCAAUGUGAGCGGUCAUCGGCUGGGGACGGCAGAGUUAGAGGACGUGGUGAGCCUGUGUCCUGGCGUGGCCGAGUCUGCUGUGAUUGGCUACUCCCACGACGUCAAAGGGGAGGGUGUCUACGUGUUUGUGGUGCUGAAGAAGGGAGUCGAAGUUCAGGAGGAUGUUCUGGCCCAGCAGCUCAGAGAGAUGGUGUCCAGGAAUAUCGCCAAGUACGCUAGCCCGGACUACAUACAGGUGGUUGGGCGUCUGCCGAAGACCCGCUCUGGGAAAAUCAUGCGACGGGUCCUGAGAAAGGUCGUGGAGCGAAAGACAGACGAUCUGGGUGACCUCAGCACGCUAGAUGACUCGGAAGCCGUGCACGAGGUCAUCAGGGGUCACCAGCGUCUACAUGGAGGCAGCAAGCGAGAGUGAGCAGUGAGCAGGUUCCUUACAGUAUUUUAUGUCUGUUAUUGGAUGGUACAAAGUGUAUAGAAAUCUUGUUUCUGAACUUUUUUUUAUAAAGUUUGCAAUUUCCAUAAUAAAGAUAAGAAGACAAUUA